AUGAGUACGAUACAUUAUCCAGUUCCAUCAAGGCCUGUGGAAAUAUUACAGCCAGGACAUGAACCUGAAAGGGAGUUUAGUGGGAUCACUGUAGAUAAUAGGAACAGACUUAAUGAAGAAAAGUAUUAUCAGACGAAAAUAGACGAAGCGUUGAAAAGGGGCACAGAAAGACGUUACGUUGAUGAUCAUAGCAGAGGUCAUGAGUCUCCAAGUUCAGAUUUGGAGGACACUCCGGAUCAAUUCUUGGAAUUUCACAUUCAUGAUAACGGAGAUAGGAAGAUUUCAAGGCCAGACACUGCUUCGUCAUUGAUUAGUGAAAACGACAUGGACUACGAUGAUUUGUUUGUUGACAGAAAGCAACCAAAACAUGCUACUUCUCAUGUAAAGCAGUUUAUUAGGAAGAAUGUGUUCCAAAAGAAGACUCAUCUACCAAACAUUGGGGCUAGAGAACUGGAAUUACAGAAACGGCUUGCUUUAUUAGAGGGCCCAAUAGAUGACGAUGAGAUUAUUAGUGCUAUGCCCAUGGUAGCGUGUCCCUCUGACUAUAACGAUCAACCUGCUGAUUCAAAUUCAAGUAAAGCGUUACAGAGUUCAACCGCCUCUAAUCCCUCCAGUUCAUUGCCUAAAAAAGAAGAGGAGGCAAUUAAAGCUGUACGGGAAGAUGAGCAGGAUACUGCACCAGACGGAGAUGCCUAUGGCAUUGGAAGCUUGGUGGCAGACGCUGCUUUUAAGUUUCUCAACUACAUUUUGCCUUCGGAUUCUAGCUCCAACCCCAGUUCGACAGCUAUCUCCACAGUAGAUAAGGCAUUGCCGCCAGCUCCAACAUUUAUGUCGUCAGGUCCCUGUUUAGAUGGUGCUAGACCCAGUUCAACUUCUCCCUGUACGAGAACCACGCCGCUUUAUUCGUACAUGGCUCCAAAAGAUUCAAGCAGAAAUCAAACGGUAAUUUUGAAAGCUUUCAAACGCCCAUUUUCAAAGAAAUCAAGUUCAAGCGUCUCUCCUAAGCGGGAAAAUCACACUGAAUUAAUUCCUAGUACUGGCCCCUUGUGGAGUGGUGACAGAAAACAUGGGCUUGAAUUCAUUAGUAAAGCUCCACGAAGUAAAGCCGAGGACUUUUAUAACUUUGUGCGUAACACUAGCAAGAAGAAGUCAAAGAAGAAGACUACGUUCUUAUCAAAUGACUCUUCUCACGAGGCCUUGUCGUUCAACUACAAUUACAACAUGAACAGCCAAGGUGUGACAUUUGAUGCAUCGUUUGAAAGAGCCUCAGAGACUGAAUUUGAAUCCUAUAGCUAUUCAUCUACUAGAAAGGCAGAACAACAGAAUCAUACAGAGCCGAGACCAAGAAUUAGGAUGCCGUCGUUUAUGAGGUCUCGUUCAACUAUCACAGGUGAUCAGAGCACGAGAGAGAAAGACAACUCUUCUUUAAAAGAGAAUACGCCUAGUGCCAGUUAUUUUGAGGCACCCAUAUCAGUUUCGUCUGAUCCAAAGAUACUUUCUAAUAUUCACACGAUAAUAGGAAGUAUUCCCUACUUCCGAAUUGUCUUCAGGCCCCUAACUCUACUUGGCGAGGCAAUGCCUCAACUUCAGAACGUUGUAAUAAUUGCAGAGCUGGUAAUCUGUUUUAUUCUUCUUUAUGAGAUUCAUGUAUUUCUGGGAAAUUUGAAGCUACUCCUAAGUGCCAUUUUUGGCCCCAUCCUAGCUAUUUCCAAGCUUUUCUCAUAG